AUGUCGGCUGAAACAGAUUCUAUUGAAUCUCCAAUUGCUUUUAAAUCACCACAAGAUUUAUCAAUUUCAAUGGAUUUUUCUGAAGAUCUGGUUAUACAUUCACCAACACAAAGAAAUAUUUCAAGAUCGUCAAGUCCAUUUAUAACUCAUCCAGAAUCCCCAAGUAAAAGUCAAGAAGAAUUAGUGGUACCUAGAAAUAUAUCACCUUGGAGACAAUUCCGCUCAAUAAAACCGAGCAUUACUACAACAACAUCAUCUUCAAUUUUUCAUAAUAAACCUGACCUUGGGCCAGAUGCAAAUAACGUAUUUAUAGAUACAAAUUCUAAAGAAGAGGAAUUGAAUAAAAGAAUAAUCAAUUACAAGAUCCAAAUUAAACUAAUGAAAAAUUUUUUACAAGAUUUAAUUGAAAAGAAUAAACUAGAUCCAAAAGAAUUAAAAAGUAUAAUGCCAAUUGAAGAAUUUAAAGACGCGUCGUUGUCAUCAGCUGAAAUUGAACUAAAUGCAUUAAAAAAAGAUUACGAUGAAUUAUAUAAAUUAAAUCAAGAUAUGUUUACAAGUUUUGGAGAAUUUGAGCAAAAAAUUAAAGUUAGAGAUCUAAAAUUGAGAGAAGCUGGUAAAUUACAAGAAGUCAUUUUGGAAAAUGCACAAACACAUGGAAUCGAACAAGAUCUACCUAUUGACAUACAACUCAAGAGAUUACUAGAUAAACUUAAUUAUAAAUCUGCUCAAACUAUUAUAUUAACUCCACCUUCAUCAGAUAAUGGUAAAGAUACAGAUAUAAUUAAGCAACUUGAAAUUGAAAAAUCAGAUUUAUUCAAGCAAUUAGAAUCACAAAACGAGGAAAUUACUGAAUUAAAGCAUAAAUUAGAGUUAGCUCAGAAUCAAAAUCACACGAAUUCUUCAAAUAAUGUACAUAUUCAAAAUGAGGAAACUAUCGAAUUAAAGAAUAAACUAGCUAAAGAACAAGAAUUGACUAAGCUGUUGCAAACUCAAAAUGAAGAAUUUAUCAUUUUGAGAAACAAAGUACUCAAAGAUGAAGAAUUAACUAAACAACUACAUGCACAACAAGAGGAAAAUGACAAAUUAAGACAAAAGAUAUCUGAGGAUGAAGGUUCAAGUGAAAAAAUAAAAAUCAAAAAUGAGGAAAUCAAUAACUUGAAACAAAAAGUAGCUUUCAAUAAAGAUUUAACUAAAGACAUUGAAGCUCAAUCUCAAGAGAUUAAUGAUUUAAAACAAAAACUAGUCAAUGAAGAUCAAGUAGAUGUGGUCAAACAAUACCAAGCUCAAAUUCAAGAACUCAACACUAAUUUAGAUUCAGCUAAAAAAGCAUCUCAAGAAUAUCAGCAACAACUACAAGCAUUACAAAAUGAACAUGUAAAACUACAACAACACGCAAAUAAUUAUAAUCUUCAAGAACUGAGUCUAAUGACUGAAUAUUUAGAUUUACAAAAUGCUUAUUCAAAAAUAAUUGAAGAGCUUAAUUCAACAACAGAGUCAUUAUCCAUUUUAAAACAAUCAAACGACAAAGCCUUAAAUGAAAAAUCAACCGAGUUAAGAAAUCAACAAAUUAAAAUUGAAAAUUUAAAGAAUGAACUCACCAACGCAAUAGAUAAUCAAAGAAAAAAUUAUUCAGAAAAAAUUCAAACAUCAUAUCAAAAUGAAUCACUACAAAAGGAAAAUGAAUCAUUAAAAUCAAAGAUUGAUAAAUUAACCGAGUUUAUGCAUUUCCAACAAAAUGAUAAUAAAAAUCAAGACAAUAUUAAAAAAUUAUCAAUAGUUGAAUUUCAAUACAAAGAUUUACUCACAUUUGACAUGACACAAUUUUCAAAAUUAUUAAAAUCGUUCAAUAAAGUAGCAGAAGAUGAAUCAAUAUUAAAUCCAACAAGAAAAUACGAAAAAAUAAUGAGAAAAUUAUCAAAUUUUACACUUGAUGAAAAAGAUAUAAAUUUUAUAAGAGAAAAUCAUAAGUCAAUUUCAAAUUAUUUUGUAAGAGCUACUGAUAUGAUUAUCAAUGAUCAUGUAAGAUUAUUAUUAAAAGAAAAUGAUCAUGUCUUACAGAAACAAAAUGAAAGAUUGACUGAACAAAAUUCACAACUACUGAAAGUAAUUGAAGAGUUGAAAAGUGGUGGUGGAACUGAUUCUUCAAUCACUGAAUUAAGGUUUAAUGAUAUAAGAAGAAGAUGGAAAGCUGAAAGAGAAAGAAGAAUUUUUGAAGAUAGUGAAGCUCAAAAGAAAUUUAGGGAACUAGAAGACGAGAUUGCUAAUAGAUAA